GUCGUUAGUGCUUUCAGAAUCGGUUUGCCCAUACUAAUUCUGAUGUACUGGAUGUGGGCUAUGUCGAAUAAACCUAAAUUUUUGGGAUCGGCGAUUUACUCAUAAAUUAUAUGUAUAAAUUAACUUUUUGGCAUGUCCUACGUAAUUCGCUCAAAAUAUCUUGAAUUAAUUUAGGUUGAUUUGAAAUUCGCGUGAUGAUUUUUUUCGAAGGCUUUUAAGCGCGGUGCCUAUAUCGAUGAAAUAAGCUAUAGCUGCGCAGACUCGCGGUCAGCCGAAUCGAAAUAUAGAAUGCAACAUUUCCCAUCUGCCCGUGACAAAGACCGCCGAACAUUUGCAGACUACGUGAAGACAGACUUCUUUUGUGAGAUUACAGACUUGCUGAGGAAGAUCGACCACAAAGAUGACGGGGACGCUGAGGAUACCGGAUGCUAAUCGCGGACAAUGGGGCCGGAGUAUCGAGUUUGUGCUGUCCAGUAUUGGCUAUGUGGUGGGAAUGGGCUGCAUCUGGCGCUUCCCUUACAUGUGUAUGAGGAAUGGCGGAGGAGCAUUUCUGAUUCCUUAUUUCCUGUUUUUGUUCAUCUGUGGGAUCCCCAUGUUCUUCAUGGAGGCUGCCCUGGGUCAAUAUCUCAGUCUCAGCCCUCUACAGAUCUGGAAAAUCUGUCCGUUGUUUAAAGGCUUGGGACUGGCCAGUACUGUAUUGACCUCCAUCUAUGCCUUAUACAACAACACCAUCAUGGCUUGGGUCAUGUACUACAUUGCCAUGACAUUCAGGGCAGAGCUACCAUGGGGGUCAUGUGACAAUGACUGGAACACGGAGAACUGUAUUACAGAAGACCUGCUCAGCAAGAAUGAUUCCAUGUUUACCAAUGCUUCAAUGUAUCUGAACAACACUGUUGCAGAAACGCGCAACUUUACCGGCAAGACGAUGACUUCAACAGAAGAGUUUUGGCAGUACAACGUCUUGGACAUUUCUGAUGGGUUCUACAACAUUGGUGGUGUUCGCUGGCAGUUGGCUGUAUCUCUACUCUGUGCCUGGACUCUUGUCUUCUUUUGUCUUUGCAAAGGUGUCAAAAGCUCUGGAGCGGCGGCCUAUGUGACUGCUACUGCACCCUAUGUGCUCCUCACAAUCUUGCUGAUCCGUGGAGCUACUUUACCCGGUGCUGUGGAUGGAGUAAUCUAUUUCAUUACUCCCCGCUGGGAAAAAUUGGCCAGUUUUCAGGUGUGGUUAGAGGCCUAUCUACAGGUGUUUUAUUCUCUGGGUCCAGGCUGGGGAGCUCUCAUCACCAUGUCCAGCUACAACUCCUUCCAUAACAACUGUCUGAGGGAUGCUGUUGUGGUGAGCGUGGCUGAUGGUGUGACCUCUUUGUUCUGCGGAUUUGUGAUCUUCUCCGUGCUUGGCUACAUGGCCUUUGUAACUGGACGACCUGUGUCGGAGGUGACAGAUUCUGGUCCCGGCUUGGCUUUUGUGACCUAUCCUAACAUUGUGACGAAGCUUCCCAUCUCACAGCUGUGGGCCGUGCUCUUCUUCCUGGUUAUUCUCUUCCUGGGAGUUGAUACUCAGUUUGGAACAUUCAAGACGUUGUGCAGUGGAUUAUUUGACAGCUUCCCUAACACUCUUGGAAAAAGAAAGACCCUCUCCACGCUUGGCCUCACAAUUAUCGCCUUCUCACUCAACAUCAUGUUUGUUACACGGGGAGGAAUGUACUUACUACAGAUUGUGGACUGGUAUGCCUCGCCAGUGGCUCUCAGUUUAAUUGCUCUUCUGGAAACUAUCGGAGUCAUCUGGAUAUUUGGUGAGACUCGUUUCCUGAAGGCUGUAAGCAGUAUGUUAGUAAACACUUCUCAAACAACGCUGAAAGUCCUGGUCUAUUCCCUGAAGUAUCUGAUCCCGGUCUGCAUGGCUACUGCCUUUAUAAUGACGCUGACUAAGCUAACCCCGCCCACUUACGAGGAUUAUGUGUAUCCGAUUGGUGCCCUGGUCUUUGGCUGGUUUGUGGCCAGUCUGUCUAUCAUCCCAAUUCCUGCCCUAAUGAUCUGGCAAGUUGUAAAGGCAGAUGGAUCCUUAAAAGAGCGUAUCCUGGGUCUGCUGAGAAUGACUGAGGACUGCCGACCAGCUCAUGAGCUGAAGGACAGGGCAGACUUGGAAGCUGCUCAGGAAUUGGAAUGGAUCAAAGUGAAAGAGCAAGAGGUUGAGGACACGACCAAAGUGUACCUUGUGGAAAAAGUGCCUUUAGAAAAUGGCACACACGAAACCAGUAAAAUGUUGAAGGACAACUCACAGUGUUAAUCAAGUGCUUUCAUUAGAAUUUUAGCACACUAUGAACUCACUCUUACUUUCCUGGUAUGCAUCUCAUGUAAAUAGUAGUGUUUGUGUGUGUUUACUCUGACCGUUGGUUUUUUUUUUUUUUUCUUUUUAAUUGUUGAACCCUUUUAUGUGGCCCAAGGCUGAUUCCAUGAAACAAUUUUAGAGGUGCUUGAAAAUUGUAAAUUUGAUUGAAAUUCAGGAUUUUAAAACCCUGUGAUUUGGAAAUAAAUCUGUUCACAUGUUAGAUAUUUUGACGUACUGUAAAUCUAAGUCUGUCUUAUGGAAUCGGCUGCCUGUACGCUAGACGCUGGCAGAAGUCACAAACACAAGGAAAACAAGUCCACUUAUGUGAGGUUGUGUACUGCUGUACAGAAUGGGUCCCAGAUAAGAGCCGACUGUGUAUGUAGGUUCGAUUCUCUUUGUAGAACAGUCAAAUAUGAAUGCCAUUGAAGUCCUUACUGUGUAAGGCAUUGUACAGAAUUUGUAUUUAAAUUUUCAAGGUUUAAUCAAAUGAUCUGACAUUUUCUUGACCUUCCUGGAGACAUUUGAAAGUGCACUGUGUGAAACACGUCACUUCACCUGUAUCCAUAUUUGAUAAAUCGCUGAUCUUUACAAAUUAAUUUAUGAAAACCUGCACGUUUUGUCACCUGAAAAUAAAUGAUUUACACAGUAGAGAUGGGUCAAACAUUCAAUAGGCCACCAAGAGUUAAAUUAUAGUCAUGAAUUAAUACUAACGUGUGGAAGUACAGGAUGCUCAUAGGAUUUUGAAAGGAUUUUCAGGGGUAUGCUUGAAACCAUGACGAUCAGAAUUAGAUUAAUAAUAUAAACCUCAUGUGUAUAACGGUCUACCACAUGUAACAGAUGUGAGGCUUUCACAAGUGGCACCACUGUCUGCUAGUGUACCUCCUAUGUACUGUGUUGUGCUCCAGAAAGUUUGGGACUGUCGAUACAUUGUAUUCGGAGCAAAAGUGUAACGCUGCAAAAACUAACCGUAUCUCCUUUAUAGGGUGGUUAGAUGUUAUUCCUUGAAAUCUGUUAACUAUCUGUGUUAUUCAGUUGUGAAAGUUCUCAACUGACAGAUCGCGCAUUCAUGCUAAUCCCUAGUGGUCAUAUUGGGUAAACAGCUGUCGUGUAGCUCCUACAGAUAGUACAUGUAUUUGUAUUCUUGACCCUCCCGCACUUUUUUCUCUUGGGCCUUAAAACUGUCCGCAAAGUGACGGUGUUAGUGAGUGAUCCAAUUCGAAGGUUGUCCUAGACAAACGUAGGUUGUAAUAAUCCAAAGAAAAAAUAAUCUAAUACAGUGUUAAACCAUAUGCUGUGUAACUGUACCGUGUAAUAAUGACGUAUUCAGGGCUGUUUUGAUACUCUUAAUUAGUAUGGGCGCCCACAUUUGAGGUUUUACUGAUAUAAACCAAGACAGAUGUUUUUGUACCAAAGCACACUUCAUACACGUCGACAUAUUCUUAAAAGCUGGUUGAUAACCCAUCUGAAUAGUGACCUUUGUCCAGAAUGCAGCUGCUGUGAUUUGUAAACUUUUUGUGUCUAGAGUAACGCCUUUAAAAGCAAUUUGUCUGGACAGAAAGCGCAACCUUCAGAAUAUUCAAUUUGAAAAUUUUUCGGAGUAGACAGGACUUAUUGUGUCGAUGUGUCAAAAAUGAAUACCGGUGUAAAAUCUACCGAUUGUAGUGUUGACCUCAGGGAAAAGCUCCACGCCACGUUGUUCGACCACUCCAAAUCUCAGCUCUGGACCUUCAGUGACCAGUAAAUGUUUUGAAGCGAGAAGAACAAUGUUCCCAUGAUAACGUAUACAGAUUGUUAUGGGAUUUGACUAAAAUCCUCUUCAUCGCACCCUCUUACUAAGUCCCAAUACAUCAGCUCAGGAUGAAGCAAUAAUGUUAACAGCUGUUACAUAUGGAAUCUCUCUUUCACAGAAGUAAGCAAAUCACCAAAUUUGUGAUUUCGCAUGUCCGCAUGCCCUUAAUAUUCGGAAGCCGCGACUUCACAGACGGAUCGCUGACAUUUAAUGUUCAGAGAAACCAAGACACCCACACAACAGAGACCUGUUCGGUAACAAUUUAUGCUCCUGGAUGUAAUACGACAGCUGCAUUGGAAAUUGUCAGGGAUUUAUUAGUUAUGACAGAAUAACUCCCAGAAUAUGCCUUAGUAUGCGCCUCAAAGAUGUUGAUGUGCAGUGCUUUAUAGACACGACGAAAAUCAAUAUUCCUGUGAUUAAAUUUUAAUCUUCAUAAUCCCUGUUUCUGUCGGAAUUGAUUAGUUUUUCUCCUUUCCAACUGGUGUAAGCUUUUGUCUGAAUUAUUGAUUGGGCAGGCCAGCUAUUAUUUCAUUGCUUCGUUAGGGAUCAGUUCGGCAAGAACCACAUGCACUCACAGUUGAUUGCAGACUUGCCUGGUUUGGCGAUCUGAUUAUAGCUAAAUUUGGCUGGAAUAGUUUGUUCGCCCUGUCAGCAAAGUCCCCAUAUAUAUGCGCGCUCUGAUCACGAAACGGCGCUUACAACGUGUGAUCUGGGAAACAGAUCAAUGGCCAGCUAUUGAUUCCUAUUGUGUUUCAAACUUGAUAAUGUUGCAUUUAUCCUGGUUUUUGUAUUUUGAAGCUUUUCUGUACAGUAUAGAUCUUCAGAGAAUAGCUAUUGAUUUCCCAAUCUGGAUGCUGUACGACAUGACAGCUAAUGUUUUUAUCAAGAUUUUUUUCGAUAUGCUAGACAUAUGGCUGUAACACCAAUCAACAUAGAGAGAUGUGCCAAUAGCCACGGUUGUAAUAACUGAAUAUACGAUUUUCUGGUGCUCCUUUAAUACUCAGCAUAUGCCCAACAGGUGACAGCAACUUUUAGGCAUUUUACUUGGUACACCUGGCAUGCCAAGGUAUUGUAGGCUGUCAAGAUCUAACGAGCUUACCUAUCGUCAUACUAAUGUUUGUGGUGAUGAGGCUGGUAUUGCUAACUUCACACUCUUGUUGAUAACUUUGCAAUGUUUCCGUUGUCCUUUCCAGUUCUUUUGACGAAUGCUCGGAAGUUUUGUGAUGAGAUGAAUCGUUGUCAUUAUUCCAUGUUCGUACCACGUGAUAGGACCUCAUGUAUGUGUAAAUAAUUCAUCAUGAGCCCCAAGCAUUUUUAUUUAUAGAAGUCUUGUUUUUAAAAACGUGACAAGCAUUUGACCCAUAGGGUGUAAAAAUCCUCACCAUUUUUUUCUCUCCAUCUAGGUUCUGUAGUGAGACGCAAAAUGUAAAACUUCAGGUGGCGAUCACAUCAACGUUAUGUUAAAUUCAAAAACAAGAUUUAAAUUAUUUCACGAUCGUUCACUCACCUGGGUAAUUAAUUUCGAAGUGAAAUAUGUGUGUUUUAAAAAUUCCUUCUGUUGUAUUGUUUUUUCUUUGGAAGCCUUUGGUACCAUGUCUAUCUGCAAUGAUUUUCUGUACAGGGUAUUCAAGUUUCUCGGCACACAUAAGUCAUUUUCGUCACAUCGUCAUAUUCAAUACAUUGUCACCUUCAGUUCGAGCUACAGAGUUGUGCUCAGUGGAAUACUUCCGCUCUUUUAUACUGUUUCUUGUCACAGUACAUUUUCUUGGGAUAAAGACCCAUGUGGAAAUAAAUAUUUCACGAUUCUGAAAUAUGUUAAGAAAUAACAUGUCGUUUGAUUUGUGAUAAAUAAAAAUACCGUCAUUGUA